AAUGAAAUUGCACCUUGAGUGCUUUCUAUUUAGCGAUAUUAGUCGCAAAAGUCAUUCUAUCUUUGUUAUUCACUGAUGUUGAAAAAAGACAGAAUGAUGCUUGUGUUGCUAAAUGGAAAGAAUCCACGUUUUUGAAGUUGUCAGAGCUGUCAGAGAUAACGCGAGAAACGUAAAUUAUGCAUAGUAAUCGCGUAUAAAACGCGUAUAUCACAAAAUUAACAAGUCAGAAAGAUUGUUGCUAGUAUUUACAUCGAGAAAUUAUUUGUCAACGAGUGUGUUAGCUGCUUCAAAUAUGGCUUAUGUGACAGGCGAUGGAAAUGUAGUAAAUUCUACUCCUUGGGGAUUAAGAAGAGUUUUUGGAUUCUUCACAGGAAUAAUUUACAUGGUCAUUAUGUUUUUUCAGACAUUAAUCAGUCCUGGCAUGAAUAGAGCAGAAAGUCAACAUACAAGAGAUUACCGACCAGGAUCUGGGCCGCGACCUCCUCCACGUAGGCUUGGUAGACCAAAUACAGGAAAUAAUGUCGACAUUCCAUUCUUCGGAGGUUGCAGUAGUUGUGCCAGAUAAAAUAUUUUUUUAAAUUUAUCUAUAAUAUAUUUAAAUAUAAGAAAAGAAAAUACCUGGCUUUGACAUUGAUAUGAUUGAAAAGUUAAAUAUGCAAUUGUAUUUGUGUCAACUUGUCUAAUAUAGUUACAGCAUAGUAAAUAAUUAUCUA